AUGUUGAGUGCCGCUGAAAAGCGCCUCCUUGCUCUUGGGCUCUCAUUCAUUCCUAAUCCAGUGCCUCUCACGGCCAAAAAGAUUAUGGAAUGCUUAGAUGACUUUCAACGCUCAGUCCGUCUUCGUCAUUCGUUUAAGGACAGCAACAGUCUUAUACCAGAGUUUCGGGUUCCCAACCCAAACUUUGAUCCUCCCCCUGCUUCCUGGCACAUGGAGUCACGAGUUGCCCGCAUUCGAGAGCACCUUCUCCAACGUCUUUCCUGUUGUAAAAGACCUCGAUCUUUUCUAAGAGGAUGGAGACGUGAUGCAGUCCUUGCGCUGCGACACGAUCAUAGUAUUGUGAUUAAACCAGCCGACAAAAACCUUGGCGUAGUUGUUCUGGACCGCACGUGGUACAUUCAAGAGGCUAUGCGCCAACUCAAUGAUCCUCUUGUCUACAAGAGAGUUGAGUCGAUUCCACAUCAACCCAUGCAUGAGCGCCUCCUCGAACUUCUCCUGAAGUAUAAAUCUUGCUCAUGGCUGGACAAGAACACAGCCAAGUACCUCAUCACUUUGCCCUCACCUCCACGUAAAGCUUGUUUGUUGUAUUUUCUUCCAAAAAUACACAAGCAGCCAAUUCGUGGGAGACCAAUUGCUAGCUAUGUUGGCUACAUUUGGGAGCCACUUGCAAAAUGGCUCCACCGCCAACUUUUUGGCAUUCUCCUCCAACAGGAAACCUUUCUUAUGGACUCCCACACCCUCCUUCAUGAUCUUCAUAAACAACAGCUCCCAAAAGACUGCCUCCUCUUCACUUUUGAUGUGGAGUCGCUCUACCCGAGCAUUCCCACACGUGAAGGGCUCUAUUGCCUCCAUAAAUUUGUAUAUAGAAAUUUUGGAGAUUCAAUGCAAGCACGCUUUAUCAUGGCUGCUGCAGGACUCAUCCUUGAACACAAUUAUGUUGAGUUCGAUGGGAGUUAUUUCCUUCAAAUCCGAGGCACUGCUAUGGGGUCAAACUUUGCUGUGGUGUAUGCUUGCCUUUUUCUUUGUUCCCUCGAGGACGAGUUUAAGGCCACCUCUUCUAAAUGGCCAAUAUAUCUUAAGAGAUAUAUUGACGAUGGUGUCGGAAUUUGGGAUGGAUCAAAAGAGAGCUUGGAAUGCUGGUUGGCUAGCUAUGGAAGCCUCUGCAAUUCUAUAAAGAUCACCUCAGUGAUCUCAUUUGAAUCUAUGGAUAUUCUAGACAUCCAUUUUUUCAAAGGCCCACGCUUUGAGAAAUGCAGGUGCCUAGACUCCACCACCUUUCAAAAGCCACUAAAUGCAUACCAAUAUCUUCCAUGGAACUCAACGCAUCCUCGACACCAAAAGAUUGCCUUUAUUCGUGCUGAACUUCGGCAUUACCUCCUACGAGAGAGUAACCCUGAGAGCUUCUGUGCAAUUCGCAAGCUUUUCUAUACUCGUCUCCGUGCACGUGGAUACCCAAGAGCCUUCCUUAUUGAAGCUUUCCGGACAAUCCAUUAUACGGACCGAGAUAAUGUGCUCUACUCUCCAUCACGCAAAUCCAGUAGCAAUAGUCUACAGGCCCCCCUCAUUUUCAAGCUGCCUUAUACUCUCCAUAGUGCGGCACUUGAUGUGGGGAACACCCUAAACCCUAAACAGGUGAUUUCUGAAGUUCCAUCAGACUCACUCCCCAGAGUGAUCACAUGCUGGACACGGUCCCCAAACCUUGCUUCCCACUUGGUUUCAGCGAGACUCCCACCAUAUGAAUAA